AUGCCUCUGGGCAGAAAUCUGCAAUGGCCCCUGGGCAUGGCCGACACCACAGCCAUGCAGACCGAGGAAGACUGUGGGAAACGUGUCAUCGUCGGCAUUUGCGCAAUGGCAAAGAAAUCGCAAUCGAAGCCGAUGCGUGAGAUCCUCACGCGACUCAACGAGUUUGAAUACAUCGAAACAAAAGUUUUUGAUGAAGAUGUCAUCCUGAACCAACCUGUAGACGAGUGGCCCAUCUGUGAUUGUCUCAUCUCCUUCCACUCGAAAGGCUUCCCCCUAUCCAAAGCGAUCAAGUACGCCCAGCUCCGGAACCCGUUCACGAUCAAUGAUCUCUACUUCCAAUACGACAUUCAAGACCGAAGGCGAGUGUAUAAAAUUCUUGAGGAUGCAAGAAUAGAGCUGCCCCGGUACGCCGUGCUCAACCGCGAAUAUGAAGCAGACGGCGACAUUGUCGAAUCCGAGGAUCAUGUCGAGGUGGCGGGAGUGGUGUUCAAUAAGCCAUUCGUCGAGAAACCCGUCUCUGCGGAAGACCACAACAUCUACAUCUACUAUCCGACCUCCGCUGGCGGUGGAUCUCAGCGAUUAUUCAGGAAAAUCGGAAGCAGGUCCAGCGUUUACUCUCCGGAGAGUCACGUUCGAAAAACAGGCUCUUUCAUCUACGAGGAAUUCAUGCCUACCGACGGCACAGAUGUCAAAGUUUACACUGUUGGACCGGACUACGCUCACGCGGAAGCUCGCAAAAGUCCCGCACUCGACGGCAAGGUCGAGCGGGACAAGGAAGGCAAAGAAGUCCGCUAUCCCGUCAUUCUGACCAACGAGGAAAAACUCAUCGCGAGAAAGGUGUGCUUGGCCUUCAAACAGACCGUGUGCGGAUUCGACCUCCUCCGGGCAAACGGAAAAUCUUACGUUUGCGAUGUGAAUGGGUUCUCUUUCGUUAAGAACUCCAUGAAGUAUUAUGAUGAUUGUUCCAAAAUUCUAGGGAAUAUGAUCUUGCGCGAACUCGCGCCCCAGCUACACAUUCCUUGGUCGAUGCCUUUCCAAUUGGAUGAUCCCCCGAUAGUUCCGACCACAUUCGGCAAAAUGAUGGAGUUGCGCUGCGUAAUCGGUGUUAUUCGGCAUGGGGAUCGGACUCCGAAGCAGAAGAUGAAGAUGGAAGUGAAGAAUCACAAAUUUUUCCAACUGUUCAAGAAGCUUGGCGGCUACAAAGAUGGGCACAUAAAACUGAAAAAGCCCAAACAGCUACAGGAGAUUCUCGAUAUCGCCCGAGAACUUCUCGCUCACAAGGAUUACGACAGCGAGGUAGAAGAAAACCGUUCGAAAUUGGAGCAGUUGAAGUCGGUUUUGGAAAUGUACGGCCACUUCUCCGGGAUCAACCGCAAAGUUCAGCUCAAAUACCAACCUAAAGGAAGACCACGGAACUCUAGCUCCGAUGACAAUGAAACUCCUCGGCAGCCAUCGUUGGUCCUGAUACUGAAAUGGGGCGGCGAACUGACACCUGCGGGGAGAGUGCAAGCGGAAGAUCUGGGGAGAGUCUUCCGUUGCAUGUAUCCCGGUGGAGGUGGCGAUUAUUCGGGAAGUCAGGGCCUUGGAUUGCUCAGGCUUCAUUCGACGUUCCGGCACGAUCUCAAAAUAUACGCCUCUGACGAGGGCCGGGUCUCGAUGACGGCGGCUGCGUUUGCCAAAGGCUUGCUAGCGCUCGAAGGCGAACUCACGCCGAUCUUGGUACAAAUGGUGAAGAGCGCAAACACGAACGGCCUUCUGGACAACGAUUGUGACGCCGGAAAAUUCCAGAACAUGGUGAAGCAACGAUUGCACGACACCAUGCAAGUGGAUCGAGUUUUCACCGAGGAGGAUUACGAGAAACUGAAUCCCACAAACGCGAAGAGCAUAGAUUUGGCUAUGAAAUUCAUAAAAAAUCCUCUCCGGGCGUGCAUCCACGUAUUUGAUCUCAUUCAACAAUUGACGACUCUGAUCAAGAAGAAGAAAGACGAAGACAAAGGAACACUCUACCAUGGCGAGUCUUGGGAUUUGAUGCAGCGUCGUUGGGCCAAGCUGGAGAAAGAUUUCAAAAUCAAACCGGACAAGUUUGAUAUUUCGAAAAUCCCCGAUGUAUACGAUUGUAUAAAGUACGAUCUGCAACACAAUCAACAUACCAUGCAGUUUGAGCAGGCCGAGGAGCUCUACAAUUACGCCAAAGCCCUCGCGGAUAUCGUGAUUCCGCAAGAAUACGGAAUCACUCGGCAAGAGAAGCUGUCCAUUGGUCUCGGAGUCUGCGCUCCUUUACUAAAAAAGAUCCGUGCGGACCUCCACCGCAACACGGAUCUCGUUGGCGAGGGUCAGGACAAUCCAACACCAGAGUCGGAAAAUCGACUCAAUCCUCAGUAUUCGCAUGGAGUAUCCUCGCCGGGACGUCACGUCAGAACUCGACUGUACUUCACGUCCGAGUCGCAUAUCCACAGUCUUCUCACAGUGUUGCGGUACGGCGGUUUGUUAGAUUCGUCGAAAGACGAGCAGUGGAGGAGAGCUCUCGAUUACAUUUCGGAAGUGACCGAGCUGAAUUAUAUGACUCAAAUCAUCAUCAUGCUGUACGAAGACGAAACGAAGGAUGUUCUGUCAGAGGAGCGCUUCCAUGUUGAGCUUCACUUCUCACCAGGGGCCAUGUGCUGCGUGCAGAAAAAUCCGCCACCGGGGCCCGGCUUCCGGCCUCAGAGUCAAUCGGAGAGAUCUUCGUCGCCGAUUAACGGCGAUUCGCCUUCGCCUGAAGGAUCGCAGGUUAACCUCGCCGUCAAUGGAGCGACAACGGAUACGAAACAUGAUUCCAACGCUACUCUGACCGCCGCAAGCCCACGCAGAUGCCUCUCGCCGCCAUCUCCGGAGGUGGUUCGAGAAAUCGACGAGAACAUGAAGGACUACCCCGCCUACAAUCCCUACCAUACCGUGAGCGGUUACCUGCCAAUGAUGAUGAUGGCAGCAGCAGCCGCUUCGAAGUCGGCCACCGGGACCGGGGGUAACCGUCCGAGCCAGACGGUGGCCGUCCCCCCUCAGACCAACUAUGCAUCGCCUUCGGCUCUUCUGAGCGCCUUCAAACGGAGUUCAUCUCGCUCCAGAACGCUCGAAGGAGCCUUCGGCAACCUGUUCAGUACCGCGGUGAUCUCGGGUUCGAACUCGGCUCCGGACCUCCGCUACAUGGUUCCCUGCGAGGGACCUCUGCGAGUCCCGACAAUCCGCCCCCUAGAGACGUUGCACAACGCGCUCAGCCUGUACCAGCUGGAUAUGUUCCUCUCAAAGGUGACCUCCAGCACGUAUAGGACGAUUUUGUUGUCGUCUCAACAGGCAGGAUCCUCGCAGCAGAAAUUAACUAAGGAGAAUCUCCCGGUUUGCUCGCCGUCGAGCUCGUGGGUGUGGUCAGGGCCUCCGUCUUUUGUUUCCUCAUCGGGGCCAUCGACCCCCACGUCGUCCAUGCUCGAUAUCUGGAUGAGGCUCAAGCAGAUCACAGAGACUCAGCCGAGCGGUACUGGUGGAACAAACAGUGUUAUGACGGGACCCGAUUCGCUGCCUUCGAGCCGGAAUUCCUAUUCCACCCCACCCUCGCCGCAUGAAAAUCGCCACAAAGCUCCCCAGCCCAGCGAGACCGAUGAACCCGAGGCCUAGGAUGGAUGAAAUCUGUCACAGACGUUGUUGGUGGAGCGAGAAAUUGUUUUUUCUAAUAAACUCAGUU